GGGGGGGGGGGGGGGGGAGGGGGGGGGGGAGGGGGGGGGGGGGGGGGGGGGGGGGGGGGGGGGGGGGGGGGGGGGGGGGGGGGGGGGGGGGGGGGGGGGGGGGGGGGGGGGGGGGGGGGGGGGGGGGGGGGGGGGGGGGGGGGGGGGGGGGGGGGGGGGGGGGGGGGGGGGGGGGGGGGGGGGGGGGGGGGGGGGGGGGGGGGGGGGGGGGGGGGGGGGGGGGGGGGGGGGGGGGUGGGGGGGGGGGGGGGGGGGGGGGGGGGGGGGGGGGGGGGGGGGGGGGGGGGGGGGGGGGGGGGGGGAGGGGGGGGGGGGGGGGGGGGGGGGGGGGGGGGGGGGGGGGGGGGGGGGGGGGGGGGGGGGGGGGGGGGGGGGGGGGGGGGGGGGGGGGGGGGGGGGGGGGGGGGGGGGGGGGGGGGGGGGGGGGGGGGGGGGGGGGGGGGGGGGGGGGGGGGGGGGGGGGGGGGGGGGGGGGGGGGGGGGGGGGGGGGGGGGGGGGGGGGGGGGGGGGGGGGGGGGGGGGGGGGGGGGGGGGGGGGGGGGGGGGGGGGGGGGGGGGGGGGGGGGGGGGGGGGGGGGGGGGGGAGGGGGGGGGGGGGGGGGGGGGGGGGGGGGGGGGGGGGGGGGGGGGGGGGGGGGGGGGGGGGGGGGGGGGGGGGGGGGGGGGGGGGGGAGGGGGGGGGGGGGGGGGGGGGGGGGGGGGGGGGGGGGGGGGGGGGGGGGGGGGGGGGGAGGGGGGGGGGGGGGGGGGGGGGGGGGGGGGGGUGGGGGGGGGGGGGGGGGGGGGGGGGGGGGGGGGGGGGGGGGGGGGGGGGGGGGGGGGGGGGGGGGGGGAGGGGGGGGGGGGGGGGGGGGGGGGGGGGGGGGGGGGGGAGGGGGGGGGGGGGGGGGGGGGGGGGGGGGGGGGGGGGGGGGGGGGGGGGGGGGGGGGGGGGGGGGGGGGAGGGGGGGGGGGGGGGGGGGGGGGGGGGGGGGGGGGGGGGGGGGGGGGGGGGGGGGGGGGGGGGGGGGGGGGGGGGGGGGGGGGGGGGGGGGGGGGGGGGGGGGGGGGGGGGGGGGGGGGGGGGGGGGGGGGGGGGGGGGGGGGGGGGGGGGGGGGGGAGGGGGGGGGGGGGGGGGGGGGGGGGGGGGGGGGGGGGGGGGGGGGGGGGGGGGGGGGGGGGGGGGGGGGGGGGGGGGGGAGGGGGGGGGGGGGGGGGGGGGGGGGGGGGGGGGGGGGGGGGGGGGGGGGGGGGGGGGGGGGGGGGGGGGGGGGGGGGGGGGGGGGGGGGGGGGGGGGGGGGGGGGGGGGGGGGGGGGGGGGGGGGGGGGGGGGGGGGGGGGGGGGGGGGGGGGGGGGGGGGGGGGGGGGGGGGGGGGGGGGGGGGGGGGGGGGGGGGGGGGGGGGGGGGGGGGGGGGGGGGGGGGGGGGGGGGGGGGGGGAGGGGGGGGGGGGGGGGGGGGGGGGGGGGGGGGGGGGGGGGAGGGGGGGGGGGGGGGGGGGGGGGGGGGGGGGGGGGGAGGGGGGGGGGGGGGGGGGGGGGGGGGGGGGGGGGGGGGGGGGGGGGGGGGGGGGGGGGGGGGGGGGGGGGGGGGGGGGGGGGGGGGGGGGGGGGGGGGGGGGGGGGGGGGGGGGGGGGGGGGGGGGGGGGGGGGGAGGGGAGGGGGGGGGGAGGGGGGGGGGGGGGGGGGGGGGGGGGGGGGGGGGGGGGGGGGGGGGGGGGGAGGGGGGGGGGGGGGGGGGGGGGGGGGGGGGGGGGGGGGGGGGGGGGGGGGGGGGGGGGGGGGGGGGGGGGGGGGGGGGGGGGGGGGGGGGGGGGGGGGGGGGGGGGGGGGGGGGGGGGGGGGGGGGGGGGGGGGGGGGGGGGGGGGGGGGGGGGGGGGGGGGGGGGGGGGGGGGGGGGGGGGGGGGGGGGGGGGGGGAGGGGGGGGGGGGGGGGGGGGGGGGGGGGGGGGGGGGGGGGGGGGGGGGGGGGGGGGGGGGGGGGGGGGGGGGAGGGGGGGGGGGGGGGGGGGGGGGGGGGGGGGGGGGGGGGGGGGGGGGGGGGGGGGGGGGGGGGGGGGGGGGGGGGGGGGGGGGGGGGGGGGGGGGGGGGGGGGGGGGGGGGGGGGGGGGGGGGGGGGGGGGGGGGGGGAGGGGGGGGGGGGGGGGGGGGGGGGGGGGGGGGGGGGGGGGGGGGGGGGGGGGGGGGGGGGGGGGGGGGGGGGGGGGGGGGGGGGGGGGGGGGGGGGGGGGGGGGGGGGGGGGGGGGGGGGGGGGGGGGGGGGGGGGGGGGGGGGGGGGGGGGGGGGGGGGGGGGGGGGGGAGGGGGGGGGGGGGGGGGGGGGGGGGGGGGGGGGAGGGGGGGGGGGGGGGGGGGGGGGGGGGGGGGGGGGGGGGGGGGGGGGGGGGGGGGGGGGGGGGGGGGGGGGGGGGGGGGGGGGGGGGGGGGGGGGGGGGGGGGGGGGGGGGGGGGGAGGGGGGGGGGGGGGGGGGGGGGGGGGGGGGGGGGGGGGGGGGGGGGGGGGGGGGGGGGGGGGGGGGGGGGGGGGGGGGGGGGGGGGGGGGGGGGGGGGGGGGGGGGGGGGGGGGAGGGGGGGGGGGGGGGGGGGGGGGGGGGGGGGGGGGGGGGGGGGGGGGGGGGGGGGGGGGGGGGGGGGGGGGGGGGGGGGGGGGGGGGGGGGGGGGGGGGGGGGGGGGGGGGGGGGGGGGGGGGGGGGGGGGGGGGGGGGGGGGGGGGGGGGGGGGGGGGGGGGGGGGGGGGGGGGGGGGGGGGGGGGGAGGGGGGGGGGGGGGGGGGGGGGGGGGGGGGGGGGGGGGGGGGGGGGGGGGGGGGGGGGGGGGGGGGGGGGGGGGGGGGGGGGGGGGGGGGGGGGGGGGGGGGGGGGGGGGGGGGGGGGGGGGGGGGGGGAGGGGGGGGGGGGGGGGGGGGGGGGGGGGGGGGGGGGGGGGGGGGGGGGGGGGGGGGGGGGGGGGGGGGGGGGGGGGGGGGGGGGGGGGGGGGGGGGGGGGGGGGGGGGGGGGGGGGGAGGGGGGGGGGGGGGGGGGGGGGGGGGGGGGGGGGGGGGGGGGGGGGGGGGGGGGGGGGGGGGGGGGGGGGGGGGGGGGAGGGGGGGGGGGGGGGGGGGGGGGGGGGGGGGGAGGGGGGGGGGGGGGGGGGGGGGGGGGGGGGGGGGGGGGGGGGGGGGGGGGGGGGGGGGGGGGGGGGGGGGGGGGGGGGGGGGGGGGGGGGGGGGGGGGGGGGGGGGGGGGGGGGGGGGGGGGGGGGGGGGGGGGGGGGGGGGGGGAGGGGGGGGGGGGGGGGGGGGGGGGGGGGGGGGGGAGGGGGGGGGGGGGGGGGGGGGGGGGGGGGGGGGGGGGGGGGGGGGGGGGGGGGGGGGGGGGGGGGGGGGGGGGGGGGGGGGGGGGGGGAGGGGGGGGGGGGGGGGGGGGGGGGGGGGGGGGGGGGGGGGGGGGGGGGGGGGGGGGGGGGGGGGGGGGGGGGGGGGGGGGGGGGGGGGGGGGGGGGGGGGGGGGGGGGGGAGGGGGGGGGGGGGGGGGGGGGGGGGGGGGGGGGGGGGGGGGGGGGGGGGGGGGGGGGGGGGGGGGGGGGGGGGGGGGGGGGGGGGGGGGGGGGGGGGGGGGGGGGGGGGGGGGGGGGGGGGGGGGGGGGGGGGGGGGGGGGGGGGGGGGGAGGGGGGGGGGGGGGGGGGGGGGGGGGGGGGGGGGGGGGGGAGGGGGGGGGGGGGGGGGGGGGGGGGGGGGGGGGGGGGGGGGGGGGGGGGGGGGGGGGGGGGGGGGGGGGGGGGGGGGGGGGGGGGGGGGGGGGGGGGGGGGGGGGGGGGGGGGGGGGGGGGGGGGGGGGGGGGGGGGGGGGGGGGGGGGGGGGGGGGGGGGGGGGGGGGGGGGGGGGAGGGGGGGGGGGGGGGGGGGGGGGGGGGGGGGGGGGGGGGGGGGGGGGGGGGGGGGGGGGGGGGGGAGGGGGGGGGGGGGGGGGGGGGGGGGAGGGGGGGGGGGGGGGGGGGGGGGGGGGGGGGGGGGGGGGGGGGAGGGGGGGGGGGGGGGGGGGGGGGGGGGGGGGGGGGGGGGGGGGGGGGGGGGGGGGGGGGGGGGGGGGGGGGGGGGGGGGGGGGGGGGGGGGGGGGGGGGGGGGGGGGGGGGGGGGGGGGGGGGGGGGGGGGGGGGGGGGGGGGGGGGGGGGGGGGGGGGGGGGGGGGGGGGGGGGAGGGGGGGGGGGGGGGGGGGGGGGGGGGGGGGGGGGGGGGGGGGGGGGGGGGGGGGGGGGGGGGGGGGGGGGGGGGGGGGGGGGGGGGGGGGGGGGGGGGGGGGGGGGGGGGGGGGGGGGGGGGGGAGGGGGGGGGGGGGGGGGGGGGGGGGGGGGAGGGGGGGGGGGGGGGGGGGGGGGGGGGGGGGGGGGGGGGGGGGGGGGGGGAGGGGGGGGGGGGGGGGGGGGGGGGGGGGGGGGGGGGGGGGGGGGGGGGGGGGGGGGGGGGGGGGGGGGGGGGGGGGGGGGGGGGGGGGAGGGGGGGGGGGGGGGGGAGGGGGGGGGGGGGGGGGGGGGGGGGGGGGGGGGGGGGGGGGGGGGGAGGGGGGGGGGGGGGGGGGGGGGGGGGGGGGGGGGGGGGGGGGGGGGGGGGGGGGGGGGGGGGGGGGGGGGGGGGGGGGGGGGGGGGGGGGGGGGGGGGGGGGGGGGGGGGGGGGGGGGGGGGGGGGGGGGGGGGGGGGGGGGGGGGGGGGGGGGGGGGGGGGGGGGGGGGAGGGGGGGGGGGGGGGGGGGGGGGGGGGGGGGGGGGGGGGGGGGGGGGGGGGGGGGGGGGGGGGGGGGGGGGGGGGGAGGGGGGGGGGGGGGGGGGGGGGGGGGGGGGGGGGGGGGGGGGGGGGGGGGGGGGGGGGGGGGGGGGGGGGGGGGGGGGGGGGGGGGGGGGGGGGGGGGGGGGGGGGGGGGGGGGGGGGGGGGGGGGGGGGGGGGGGGGGGGGGGGGGGGGGGGGGAGGGGGGGGGGGGGGGGGGGGGGGGGGGGGGGGGGGGGGGGGGGGGGGGGGGGGGGGGGGGGGGGGGGGGGA